GGUCCGCGCAGCGCAGAGAGGAAGUGGGAGUCUCGGGACUCUGCUUAGGUCGCUGUUUGCUGUCAAGUCUCUAUUAAUUUCCUCUGUUCUGGGUCGAGCCGGGUCUGGGGGAUGCGGCGCAACCCCCCGCUUUCCGAAGCCUGACCCCGUCCCAGUCCCUAGCCCUCCUCCUACUGUCCGAAUGGAGAAGCGUAAGCGCGCUUAUAGGAGUUCCAUUAAAAGCUAAGUUGCUAAGAAGUUAGAGUCAAGUUUCAUACCAUGGAUCCUUUGGGUGCUCCUUCCCAGUUUGUGGAUAUUGAUACUCUGCCCAGCUGGUUUGAAUGGUAUGAAGCAGAUGAAGUAAUUUCCUCAGAAACAUUAACUGAAAAAUUCCAGGAUGAAGUCAUCAGAUCACCUUUUCCCUUCAGUAAAGAGCUCAGUGGAAAAGUAAUUCUUUGGAAAGGAGAUGUAGCUUUACUAAACUGUACAGCUAUAGUCAACACCAGCAAUGAAAGUCUCACGGAUAAGAAUCCAGUGUCAGAAAGCAUCUUUAUGCUUGCAGGGCCUGACUUGAAAGAAGAACUCCAGAAACUCAAAGGUUGCCGAACAGGGGAAGCAAAGCUUACGAAAGGAUUCAAUCUGGCUGCCCGAUUCAUCAUUCAUACCGUGGGACCUAAAUACAAGAACCGCUAUCGCACAGCAGCUGAAAGCUCUCUGUAUAGCUGCUACAGAAACGUACUCCAAUUGGCAACGGAGCAGGCAAUGUCUUCUGUAGGAUUUUGUGUCAUCAAUUCUGCAAAAAGAGGAUAUCCUUUAGAAGAUGCAACCCACAUAGCACUUCGCACAGUGAGAAGAUUCCUAGAAAUUCAUGGGGAGACCAUUGAAAAAGUAGUAUUUGCUGUUUCUGAGCUUGAAGAGGCCACCUACAGAAAGCUACUGCCUUUAUAUUUUCCAAGGUCAUUAAAGGAAGAAAGUGAAUCUUUGCCAUACCUUCCUGCAGAUAUUGGGAAUGCCGAAGGGGAACCAGUGGUACCAGAGCGACAGAUCAGAAUAAGUGAAAAGCCAGGUGCUUUGGAUGACAACCUAGAAGAGGAAGAUGAGGGCUUGGGAGCUGAUCUCUCCUUUAUUGGGUCUCAUGCUUUUGCUCGAAUGGAGGGAGAUGUUGAUAAGCAGAGACGACUGAUCCUUCAGGGACAGCUCUCAGAGGCAGCACUGCAGAAACAGCAUCAAAGAAAUUAUAAUCGCUGGCUAUGUCAAGCAAGAGCAGAGGAUCUAUCUGAUAUUGCUUCUUUAAAAGCCUUGUACCAAACAGGUGUAGAUAAUUGUGGUCGCACUGUGAUGGUGGUGGUUGGAAGAAACAUUCCUGUAACAUUAAUAGAUAUGGACAAAGCUUUGUUAUAUUUUAUCCAUGUAAUGGAUCACAUUGCUGUCAAAGAAUAUGUCUUAGUAUACUUUCAUACACUUACUAGCGAGUACAAUCACCUGGACUCUGACUUCCUGAAGAAACUCUAUGAUGUUGUUGAUAUCAAAUACAAGAGGAACUUGAAAGCAGUUUACUUUGUACAUCCAACAUUUCGAUCAAAGGUAUCAACAUGGUUUUUCACCACAUUUUCUGUCUCAGGACUAAAGGACAAAAUCCACCAUGUGGAUAGCCUCCACCAGCUAUUUGCUGCCAUAUCCCCAGAACAGAUUGACUUUCCACCCUUUGUUCUUGAAUAUGAUGCCAGGGAAAAUGGACCUUACUAUGCGUCUUAUCCCCCAUCACCAGAUCUCUGACCUUCCGUCUUGUAGCACUGCUGGUUUCCAAGGAUCACUAUCAUCUCCAUGGCCUGCUACUUGUCGAAUUGAACUUCAUUUGUGCUGUACAGAAUUCAGAGAAGGUCUUUUGUCCCCACCUCUCUGAUAUUUUUUUAUUGACAUUAUAUUUUCAGGCACAUAAACAAUCUGCAAAUGUUAGGUUAUUGUACACUGCAUACCACUGUUUUAAAUUUGUAUAUGUGUUCUAAUGGAAAUAGUGAUAUUUCAGGAUAAAAGGAAAGAAAGGUUUUAUAUCUGCAUCCCCUGGUGGAAAGCAACUUUCAAAGGUCUUCAAUUUCCUGAAAAGACAUCAGCCUGUUGGACAGUCUGUCAAUCUUGAUCAUAUUGUCACCAUAGUAUUGAAAGCUGCCUGGGGCAUUGAGCCAUUUGUAAGAAUGUACAGAACCAUUCAGACUACCCUUAUCAGAUAGAUACCUUGCUUCCAAACCUGUUGUGGUAUUUACUUAACUUAUAUAUAUGAAUAUUUUCCCUAUGACAGAGAAGAAUGGUAUAAAACUGAGGAUGUCGGAAGUGAUUGGACUGAAAUUCUACUACUUCAUGAAAGGUCAUCAAAAUGUUUAGCAGAAUUGGAGUUGUGUUAAGUGCCAGGCUUGUAUCCCUGAAUUAGAUAAUCUGUGGGGUUGCCAUUGUUUUGCUCUUAACAGUAUGAUAAAAGGAUGUCUUUUUUCACUCUUUUCUGUAA